UUCAAUAUGGCGGCUGCAAGUGGAGGAGCAGACGAAGGUUCUUCGACAAAGAAACCUGCUUGUAUUAUCGUUCUCGGCAUGGCGGGGUCUGGAAAAACUACCUUCGUACAGAGACUGACAGCACACCUUCAUUCCAAGAAAACUCCACCAUAUGUAGUCAACCUGGACCCUGCUGUACAUGAAGUGCCAUACCCUGCAAAUAUUGACAUUAGAGAUACUGUGAAUUAUAAAGAAGUGAUGAAACAGUUUAAACUUGGUCCUAACGGUGGUAUUAUCACAUCAUUGAAUCUGUUUGCCACAAGAUUUGAUCAGGUCAUGAACUUCUUGGAGAAAAAGGGAAAGGAAUAUCAGUAUGCAGUAUUUGACACUCCUGGACAGAUAGAAGUAUUUACCUGGUCAGCGUCAGGGUCCAUCAUUACUGAGGCACUUGCUUCAUCAUUCCCUACAAUAGUUGUGUAUAUAAUAGAUACUGUAAGAAGUACCAAUCCUGUGACCUUCAUGUCCAAUAUGCUCUAUGCUUGCAGUAUCUUAUACAAGUCUAAACUACCAUUUAUUGCUGUCAUGAAUAAGACAGACAUUGUUGACCACAGUUUUGCAAUAGAAUGGAUGCAAGAUUUUGAAGUCUUCCAAGAAGCCUUAGCUCAAGAUACAACAUACAUGUCAAGUCUGACAAGAUCCAUGAGCCUUGUCCUUGAUGAGUUCUAUCAAAAUCUACCAACUGUUGGUGUGUCGUCUAUGACUGGAGCUGGCAUGGAUGAAUUUAUUGAUGCUGUUGGUAAAGCUGUUGAUGAAUAUGAAAAGGAAUAUAAGCCAGAAUAUGAAAGAUUAAAGGCAGAAAAAGUGGCUAAGGCUGAGAAGGAAAAACAAGAACAGCUAGAAAAACUUCAGAAAGACUUGGGAGAAGGGAAAACUGUUCCCCUGAAGGGUAGCUCAUCACUUUUGUCAUCACAGCCCAUGCCAUCAGGAGUCUCAUUUGGAAUCAAUCUUGAUAAUGAUGAUGAUGAUGAUGAUGAUGAUGACAUGAACAUUGAGGAAGAAAAUGAAGAAGAGAAAAAAGAAUAUGAAUCAUUCAAGAGAUUCCUGGAUGAAUCAACAAAGAAAGAACAAUUAGAUAAAAAGGCUGAUAACUAAUAACAAAAAAUCUUCUGGUUGUCAUAUAUUUAUAUGUUAUUUUUUACUAUAAGUAAAUAAAGUGAAGUAGAACGA